AUGUGCUGCCCAGAUGUGCUGCCCACCUCCACCUUCCUCCUAGGACUCAUGUGCUUGACAGCUUUCAGCAACUUUGCCAAGACUUCUGCAGACUUCUCAGGUUACAUAUCACAGGUGCUAAAGAAUUACACUGACCAUGCCUGUGAUGGAGAAUAUGUGUCCCUGAGAUGUCCCCACAGAACCACCAUCAGCAUCCAGUCUUCUUUUUAUGGCCGAAUUGUACCAAGUCAUCAGCUGUGUCCUUCUCGCUAUCCCCACUCCUAUGCAACUUUAAUUAAAGAAGAUGUUGCCUGCUCAGUUGGCACUUCUCUUCAGAAGAUGCUGGAUGAGUGCCAGGACAGGCGGAGCUGCCAGUUCCUCGUCAACAGCCGGCUCUUUGGGAUGGACCCCUGCCCCGGGACCGGCAAGUACCUCCUCGUGUGGUACAAGUGCAGGCCAAAUGAAUACAAGAGUAAAGUAGCCUGCGAAGAUGACAAGCUGAGGCUGAGCUGUAAGAAGAGCAUGGUGAUAGCCAUUUACUCUGCUAUCUUUGGGAGGACACAAGGAGGCAGCCUGGAGUGCCCAUACCAAAACCUAGGGAUGCCCAUGAUUGAGUGUCAGUCAGCUACUGCUCUGCAGCUCAUGAUCAAGCGCUGUCAUGGGAAAAGAAGCUGCAGCAUAUAUGCCAGCACCUAUGAAUUUGGAGAUCCUUGUUACCCAGGCAUCCAAAAGCAUCUUAAUGUCAUCUACACCUGUGUUCCCAAGAAGCUUCUGCAUGAAACUCAGGCAGGACCAACCAAUCAACAAGGGCAUCAGAAGCCACAUUUUCCACUGCAGCCAAGAGUGUUUGACCCCAAUGUUAUAGAGGACGGCGUGCUCCUUUCAGAUGUCUCUCCUUCCAACAUAGAGCCAGCUCUCCCAGCAGAGAAGAAGAAGGGGAGGUCAGCCACUUUCUACCCUGUAGACAACACUCCCCUCCUGCUCCCUGUGGAUGAGACAGAACCGCCGGGGCUCAGCAGCAGCAGCAGCAGCAGCAGCAUGGAGCCCGUGGGCGUCGGCACGGAGAUGGCCCUGCUCAGCAACAUCCUGGCAGCCUAUGCCUUCAUCACAGAAAACCCCGAGCGGGCUGCGCUGUAUUUCGUGUCCGGAGUGUGCAUUGGACUCGUGCUGACCCUGCUGGCCCUGGUGCUCCGGGUGUCCUGCCGGACGGACUGCAAGCGCUCCUCCUCCAAAAAACCUCCCCGGGAGCGGGAGAGCGACAGCGACAGCAGCGACAGUGACGACGACUCGGACACCACGUCGGACCUGUCCGCCCGCAGGCACCGCAGGUUCGAGAGGACUUUGAACAUGAACGUGUUCACCUCGGCGGAGGAGCUGGAGCGGGCGCAGCGGCUGGAGGAGCGGGAGCGCAUCAUCCGCGAGAUCUGGAUGAACGGGCAGCCCGACAUUCCCGGCACCAGGAGCCUCAACCGCUACUACUGA